GCUGGAGUCGGUGGAGAAGGGGCCUUUGUCUGGGACUUUGAGGAGCCUCUGUGAGGUGGGAGACAGGCCUGCCCACUGAGUCACAGGGGCUGUGGGAACCAGUGCUUUCCCAGGGUGAAGGUGGAUGAGGACUGAGAGAAGGUGGCGUAGGAGUGUGUUUGUGGAGGAUGAAGAGGAGGGUGUGGGGGAGUCUCAGGGCUGCAGGCUGGGGGUGGGGAAGGUUUGGUGGCGCCUUUUUUUUAUGGGCUUGAAAGCAGGGUUGGGCCGGAGUUUGGACCUUGCUGCUUGCUGGUGAUGGGACAUUGGGGCAGGGUGUGUCAGAUCAGCUGCUGUGGGGAUGAUGCUGGCUUUCCUGGACAGGAGGAGUGAGUGGGAGAGGGCAGGGACAGAGCUGGCAUGUUGAGGGCAGAUGGGAGGUGAGACCUGAGCUGGAGCCAGACAUGGUGAGGAGAGGAGUGCUUUUGCGGGGGAGAGCCGACAUGACUUGUGGGGGGUGUGUAGGGGGCAGGGGGUGUUAGGGACAGUGAGGUAUCCAGGAUAAUUCUGGGAAUGGUAGUCAUGUUUGCUGUUCCGGCUGAGGUGGGUGGCAGGAGUGUCUCCUGGAGCUAAACUUACACUAUGGGGCGCUCUCAUGUGGGUGCUCCUGAGCCCUGGAUCUGGGGGCUGGGGGUGGGGCUGGCGUGCCAAAGCUGGGGAGGUGCUUGUUCCUGUCCAGCAUCUGGGGUUGGUAGUUGGCUCCUCUGGCCAGCAGCCACGGGCCCUCUGGGCAGCUCUUUAGGGAGAGAAAUUAUUUCGGUGGUCGUGUGUAUGUGUGUGUAUGUACUGGCACGUAGGUGUGGCUGUGUGUGUGUGACAGUGUGUGUGAUUGUGUAGAGGUGACGGAGGUGGGAUGUGUGAGUGGCUGUGGCAUGCCUGUAACACAUGCCUGUCAUGGAGGGUGUGAGAAGGACCCAGUGUGCCCGUGUCAUGCUGGACGUGAGCCCUGGUCAGGUAGUGUGACUGUGAGUGAGGGGGCAGCUGUGUGUGUGUGUGUGUGUGUGUGUGUGCGUGCAUGUGCGUGUGUAUGCCCUGCCCUUGGGUCUGGUGUGUAUGUAUGCAUGUGUGUGUGUGUGUGACUGGUCUGACUGAGGGCGUGUGUCACCAUGGAGAUGAGGGUGGGGGUUGAGUGGCUGACUGAGUGAGUGGAUGUGGGGUCCUGUGGCUGUACUGUGGUCUGGCCUAUGGAAGAGCACAUGUGUGGCAGUGUCUGUGUAUACCUGAGCCAGCAGGACUGAGAGAGUGUGGGGGAAGUGUGCCUGGGGUGGGAAAGAUUGUACCUAUAGCUUCUAGCCAUGUGUACGUGUGAAUGAAGGUGCCUGAGGCUGGGACCAAGUGCUUGCAUGUGCUGGUGUGUGUGCAUAUGGGAGUGCACACGUGUGUGCUCCGGGCCCAGCAUGGGCCGCUAACAGGCUUACUUCCUGAUCCCUCAGGGCCUCAAGGAGAAGGGGACCAUCCGGCGUGAGGUGGCACCUGAGUUGGCGGUGGGACGAUGGUGCUACCGUGGGGUCCUACUACAGCCUGCCUGGCCCUGGUCCUGGCCCUGGCCCUGGUGUGUCCAGGCGAGGCCGCUCCACCACAGGACUGCACGGGUGUUGAGUGCCCGCUGCUAGAGAACUGCAUUGAGGAGGCGCUGGAGCCAGGUGCCUGCUGUGCCACCUGCGUGCAGCAGGGCUGUGCCUGCGAGGGCUACCAGUAUUACGACUGCCUGCAGGGUGGCUUCCUGCGUGGCCGUGUGCCCGCCGGCCAGUCCUACUUCGUGGACUUCGGCAGCACCGAGUGCUUCUGCCCGCCAGGCGGUGGCAAAAUCAGCUGUCAGUUCAUGCUGUGCCCAGAGCUGCCACCCAACUGCAUCGAAGCUGUGGUGGCUGCAGACAGCUGCCCACAGUGCGGCCAGGUGGGCUGUGUCCACAUGGGCCGAAAGUACGCCGCCGGCCACACCGUCCACCUGCCGCCCUGCCAGGCCUGCCACUGUCCUGACGCGGGCGGUGAGCUCAUCUGCUACCAGCUGCCUGGGUGUGACACAGAUGCUGAGGCAGUGCCAGCUGCCACCGCCACCCCUACAAACUUCUCAGACACCGAGGAGGGUGACCCCGAGCGGCAUUAUGAAGACCCCUACAACUAUGACCAGGAGGUGGCCGAGGCAGAGGCGGUGGCUGCAGCGGCCUUGGCAGGGGAGCUCCAGGCAGGCGCAGGGGGCCCGGCUGCUCUGGGAGGCGGAGGUCAGCCCCUUUCUGCCAUCCAGGCAACACCCUGGCCAGCUGCCCUCCCCAGGCCCACCGCAGCUGCUGCCCUAGGCCCCCCAGCCCCUGCUCAGGCCAAAGCCAGGAGAGUGAAGGAGGACAGUGAGGAGGAGAAGAAGGCAGAAAGAACUGUCAUGGAGCAGCUGGCUUCAGGUGGCCCGAAGGGGCUGGAGGGGCCACCUAAUGCAGACCCAGCUGGGCCAGGUCUCCCCGUCCAGGAGGUGGGGGCGGAAGCUAGGGCAGGGCCUGAAGAGAACCUCAUCCCCGAUGCCCAGCCCACCCUCCACAGCACAGGGCAAGAGGGAGCCAGACCUGCAUUGGCACCUGGUAUAGCAGGUCCCGUCCCCACACUGAGUACUCCUAAAGACCUGGUCAAGCCCACUGUCCACACCACCUGGACCACGCCACUGCAGGAGGUAGCCCAGGACCUCCCAACCCAGGAGGUGGCCAAGCAGCCGAAGAUUCUGUCUCGUCCCCGGGCAGAGGAGGACAUAGACCCCAACUCCGUCCAUUCUGUCCCCAGAGGCAGUUCUGAAGUCUCCACCAAGGACCUGAUUGAGACAUGCUGUGCAGCUGGGCAGCAGUGGGCCAUCGAUAAUGACGAAUGCAUGGACAUCCCUGAGAGUGGCGCGGAGGGUGAUGUCUGCAGGACAGCUCAGAAGCACUGCUGCAUCUCCUACUUAAAGGAGAAGACCUGCAUGGCUGGUGUCCUGGGGGCCAAGGAGGGCGAGGCCUGUGGGGCUGAGGACAACGACACCUGUGGCAUCUCCCUGUAUAAGCAAUGCUGUGACUGCUGUGGCUUGGGACUUCGCGUACAGGGCGAGGGCCAGUUGUGCCAGUCCAACCCCAACCUGGGCUACCCCUGCAACCACGUCAUGCUCUCCUGCUGUGAGGGCGAAGAACCCCUCAUCGUGCCUGAGGUCCGCAGGCCUCCAGAGCCCGCAGCCAUACCACAGAGAGUUUCAGAGGCAGAGGUGGGGGCCCGGGAGGCCCUGUCACUGGGCACGGAGGCCGAGUUGCCCAACAGCCUGCCGGGCGAUGACCAGGAUGAGUGCCUGCUCCUCCCGGGGGAGCUGUGCCAGCACCUCUGCAUCAACACCGUGGGCUCCUACACCUGUGCCUGCUUCCCUGGCUUCUCACUGCAGGACGAUGGCCGCACCUGCCGUCCAGAUCGUGACCCCCCAAAGCCGGAGGCUGCGCCAGAGUCUGCACCAAGGCCACCAUCAUCCCCAGCAGCCCCCAACGUGAUCCCACUACCUGUACCACAACCCAACACCUGCAAAGACAACGGGCCCUGCAAGCAGGUGUGCAGCAUCGUUGGGGACACAGCCAUGUGCUCCUGCUUUCCUGGCUACGCCAUCAUGGCCGAUGGUGUGUCCUGUGAAGACAUCAACGAAUGCGUGACUGCUCUGCACACGUGCAGCCGGGGCGAGCACUGCGUGAACACGCUGGGCUCCUUCCACUGCUACAAGGCCCUCACCUGUGAGUCGGGCUACACCCUCACGGAUGGCGAAUGCACAGAUGUGGACGAGUGUGCACUGGGCACGCACAACUGCCAGGCGGGCUUCACGUGCCAGAACACCAAGGGCUCCUUCUACUGCCAGGCUCGGCAGCGCUGCAUGGUGGGCUUCCUGCAGGACCCCGAGGGCAACUGUGUGGACAUCAACGAGUGCACGUCGCUGUCUGAGCCCUGUAAGCCGGGCUUCAGCUGCAUCAACACGGUGGGUUCCUACACGUGCCAGAGGAACCCCCUGCUCUGCGGGCGCGGCUACCACGCCAGUGAGGACGGCACCAAGUGUGUGGAUGUGAACGAGUGUGAGACAGGUGUACACCGCUGCAGCAAUGGCCAGGUGUGCCACAACCUCCCCGGUUCCUAUCGCUGCGACUGCAAAGCUGGCUUCCAGCGCGAUGCCUUCGGCCGGACCUGCAUUGACAUAAACGAGUGCUGGGCCUCCCCGGGCCGCGUGUGCCAGCACACCUGUGAGAACACGCCUGGUUCUUACCGCUGCUCCUGCGCCUCGGGGUUCCGGCUGGCUGCUGAUGGCAAGCACUGUGAAGACGUGAAUGAGUGCGAGUCCCAGCGCUGCAGCCAGGAGUGUGCCAACAUCUAUGGCUCCUACCAGUGCUACUGCCGCCAGGGCUACCAGCUGGCCGAGGAUGGGCACACCUGCAGAGACAUUGACGAGUGCGCGCAGGGCGCCAGCAUCCUCUGCACUUUCCGCUGCCUCAACACGCCGGGGAGCUACCAGUGUGCGUGUCCAGAGCGGGGCUACGCCAUGAUGGCCAACGGGAGGUCCUGCAAGGAUCUGGAUGAGUGUGCGCUGGGCACCCACAACUGCUCCGAGUCCGAGACCUGCCACAACAUCCAGGGCAGCUUCCGCUGCCUGCGCUUUGAGUGCCCACCGAACUACGUCCGUGUUUCCGAAACGAAGUGUGAGCGUACCACGUGCCACGACUUGAUCGAGUGCCAGAACUCGCCGGCACGCAUCACGCACUACCAGCUCAACUUCCAGACGGGCCUCUUGGUGCCUGCCCAUAUCUUCCGCAUUGGCCCAGCGCCCGCCUUCGCAGGGGACACCAUCUCCCUGACCAUCACCAAGGGCAAUGAGGAGGGCUACUUCGGCACACGCCGGCUCAAUGCCUACACGGGCGUCGUCUACCUGCAGCGCACCGUGCGCGAGCCCCGGGACUUUGCCCUGGACGUGGAGAUGAAGCUGUGGCGCCAGGGCUCCGUCACCACCUUCCUGGCCAAGAUACAUGUCUUCUUCACCACCUUCGCCCUGUGAGGCUGGCCGCCCUGUGGGCCACUGAGGCCUCAGGCCCCUCUAGUAGUUCCACGCCGUGCACCCUGGGCUGCUGCCCUCACUGCACCGGGCAAGCUCUCCUUUCUGUUUCUAAACCACACAGGUGGGGUUGGGAAAUUAUUGGGAUGGUUUUACCUAUAACUUUGUAAAUUAACUUAAUUUUGCUGACUUGAUUCCUCUUGGGUUCCUGAGCCUCUCGCAUGCCCCAUGUGGAGGGAGUUAGCGGUGGGGGGUGUGUCCAUAGGUGCAUGCUGCGUGGAGCUUUGAGGACGGCUUUGAGGUGACUGCCAGACCCUCCAGGUGGAGUCGAAGACACAGGCUGGGCAACUACUGCAGAAAGGAGACAAACUGCCACGUCGGGGCUUUCGGACUCAACUGGAUGACCUGUCCCAAAGCGGACGUUUCGUUUCAUCUUCCACUGUGAUUCGUUCUUUACCUUUUUAGAAAAAAAAAUCAUUGUAAGUUUUUUUGUUUUUGUUUUUAAACUAUAAAAGUAGCACAUGUGCAUUGUAAAAAAAAAUUCAAAGUAAAAACCU